UGUGUCAGAAGAUUGACAAAGUUUGAAUUUCAGUAGGAUAAGUCAGUGAAAAUAUUCUUCGACGACUUCGAAAUAUUCUCCGAUAUUGCCAUAAUAAAUCUAUAAUCACUGGCAAAUCCUUAAUAUUACUAUAGAAGAAUAAGCUAACAUAUUCUUCAACAACUCUUGAAUAUGACAAAAGUCUUUUAUCUUGUUCCGUAAACCAGUAAAAGCACUCAUCAACUCCCGAUUGUAAACAAACUUUUCAAGUUAGUAGUAUAUAAGUGGUAAUUAAUAAUGACUAAUAUUAAUAACCUUCCAAGAGAAAUUCUUCUCCAAAUAUUUGCAUAUUAUUUGAAAACCGAAACACAGCGAGACUUCAUUCGUAGCGUUGCACAUGUAUGCCAAUAUUGGAAAGAAAUAUGCAUGGACAGUUCAUUAUGGCACACAUUUGAUGGUACUCUAUCACUAAAUGAUUUAAAAAAAUACUGUAAGAUGGGCUGCUUAAAAAACACUGAAUCACUUGUAUUCAGUUAUAGAAAAAGAACUCUUACAAGCAGUGAAGUUCAACUUAUUUAUGAAAAUCUUCCUCGUUUAAAAUUCAUUAACUUUUCUAAAGUAACUGAACAAGUGGGGAAAGAGGAAUGGAAGUUUCUUUCUGAGCUCACUAAUCAUUGCCCUAAUCUAUGUGAUAUAAUUUUUCUUGAAACACACUCAUUAUAUCCACCCAAACUUCCCUUUAAAUUGUUUCAAAAUUUUUUAAAUGUUCGUGGAUCUAAUUUAAUUAGUCUUGAUAUUUCAAAUUUAAGUAUAUUAUCUUUUAGGGAUUUAUUCAUUACUGUUGCAGCAUCUUGCCCAAAUUUAGAAUGUCUGAAAGCCCAGAAUUUACGUGGUGGUAGUAAUUCUUUCCCAAUUCAAUACAUGCAAAAUGGUCUGAAGAAACUUAAAGUUCUUCGCUUGGGACAUCCUAUCUUAAUGCAGAAUUGCAGUUCUGUGUCUACCUCAGGUUUUCCACAUUUAGACACUUUCACACAUGCAAGUAAAAACGAUUGUUUCAUAGAAGACUUGCAUUUACGAAAACUUUUAAUGAAAUCUCCAGACUUAAAAGUACUUGAUAUCAGGGGCUGUGUAUUAUUAACAUCUACUGUUCUUUGUUCUUUACCUGCUAAUAACUUAGAAAGGCUUUAUGUCUCAAAUACAAGACUUUAUGAACUUCAUGGGUUUGCCAAUGUCCUUAAAAAGUGGGGUCACAGUUUAGUUGCUCUUGAUGUUUCUAAGAUGAAGGGAAGUUGCAUCAAUCAUUUGUUCCAGUCACUUGUUUCACUUGAUAGUCUAAAAAAUUUGGAAAGUUUGGAUUUAAAUAAUACUGUAGUGACAGUGUCUACAGUAAAGUUGAUAAUUCAGAAUUGUCCAAAUCUAAAUUUUUUACAGUUGGAAUCAUGCAGGUCAUUUGGUAGAGGUCGUAAACAUGCAUAUUAUGGACAGGCAAAAAUAAAACAACUUUUAAAUCUUGAAGAUGAGAUGGAAGCAGAUUGAUGGUUUUUUAUCUCACGAUUGAAAUGUUAAGUGCUUAUGAUUUCCUUAUUGAUUAAUUGAAAAAUGUGCUUGACAAGUACAAAUAUUACUGUUUCUCCUUUUGAAAUUUCUUUUCCUGAUAAAUUAAAUUUUUAUUUUCAUAUAAAUGCUAUUUUUUAUUUUCUUAAAAAUAUUACUUAUUUUUUAUACUUUAAUUCUGUGGUAUUUGAUUAUACAUAUAAUUAAGAAAAACUAAAGUCUGUAGUCAUCUUAUC